AUGGAGCAGGAAACCUGGAUCGUGUCUUCACAUGGUUUCAUGAUUCCGACGUUGGCAACUUCAACUUCUCCAUUGGGUGUCGAUGCCGUGCGCAUGAGCAGCCUGCGAGGUUACGGUGGCCAUGAGCCCCGUCCAUUGCACCGAACAGGGCAGCGACAUAGCCGAGCCGCGCUCAAUGAGGACGAACUACGUGAAAGCCAAGGCCGACCCAAGAGCGUAGGGUUUGUGGGAGGAACUCACGCCUCGGCGCGUAGUGAAAUUGUGAGAGCUGAAGCCGCUCUAGAUCGGAUAGCUGGCCAUGCCAUCCACAGGCAGCGUGUUGCCAAUCCUGAUAAUGCUGCUAAUGCUUCCCCAGAAGCAUCUUUCAGUGUGACCCCGAAGUACCGUUACAACACCAAUGGGCGAAUGCCCUUUCACGAAUCCAAGGAUAUACAGCGACUGGACAAGGUAUGGGCUCGACAAGAGACGCUCCGUAUGAAUCAUAGGGCAGAUGAUGCCAAGAUGUAUAACGACGUCAAAUAUGAGCGCAAGGCGGCUGGGCCUUUCAUGGGAAUGCUUGCAUCACGUGGUACAAUUAUCCAUAUCGGCGAUGAGGACUACGUCGAAUACCGCGUUCUUACCAAGCCUUUGUUCUUUUAG